AUGAAUCCUCUUUUUCGAAACCAAAUGUCUUUCUAUUCCAUUUCUAAAACACGACAAACCUCAACAACACUUUCAUCACUCUUCAACCUCUUCACUGUUUCUCCAUCCUCCUAUCACUCAUCAGCCAUCCAACAAUUCGAUUACUGUUCUCCGUCACAAACCAGCUACGGUUAUUCUUCACUACUCCAAUCAUGUAUCGAUUCCAAGGCGUUAAACCAAGGGAAAGAGCUCCAUGCUCAAUUGUGCCAUUUGGGUAUUGCUUACAAUGAAGGCUUGGCCACUAAACUUGUCCAUCUUUAUGCGGUUUCCAAUUCUCUUCCUAAUGCACGUAACCUGUUUGGCAAAAUUCCCAAACGGAAUUUGUUUCUGUGGAAUGUUUUGAUUCGGGGUUAUGCAUGGAAUGGACCCCAUGAUACUGCUAUAUUGCUAUACCAUGAGAUGCUUGAUUAUGGGCUCAAGCCGGAUAAUUUUACUUUACCGUUUGUUCUUAAAGCUUGCUCAGCACUUUCUGCAAUUGGAGAGGGAAGAGGCAUCCAUGAGUAUGUGAUUAAAAAUGGGUGGGAGAGGGAUGUUUUUGUAGGCGCGGCUCUUAUUGACAUGUAUGCCAAAUGUGGUUGUGUAACGGAUGCCGGUCAUGUGUUUAAUAACAUUGUUGAGAGAGAUGCCGUGUUGUGGAAUUCUAUGCUUGCAACUUAUGCUCAAAAUGGACACCCUGAGGAAUCGCUUUCUCUUUGCCGUGAGAUGGCAGAAGCGGGUGUGAAACCUACCGAGGCAACUCUUGUGACUGUUGUUUCGUCUUCGGCUGAUAUUGCUUGUCUCCCUUAUGGGAGGGAAAUCCAUGGAUUUGGUUGGAGACAUGGAUUUCAAUCCAAUGAUAAGGUUAAAACCGCUUUGAUUGAUAUGUAUGCAAAAUGUGGUUCUGUGAAGGUUGCACGUGCUUUGUUUGAGCGGCUUUGGGAGAGAAGAGUUGUUUCCUGGAAUGCAAUUAUUACUGGUUAUGCAAUGCACGGUCUUGCUGUUGAAGCUUUGGACUUGUUUGAAAAAAUGAGGAAGGAGGCUCGUCCAGAUCAUAUAACGUUUGUUGGUGUUCUUGCGGCUUGCAGUCGAGGGCGUUUGUUGGAUGAAGGACGGGCCUUGUACAACUUGAUGGUGAGGGAUUAUGGUAUCAAUCCUUCAGUUCAACAUUAUACAUGCAUGGUUGAUCUUCUUGGUCACUGUGGUCAACUGGAUGAGGCGUAUGAUCUUAUAAGACAUAUGAGUGUUAAGCCGGAUUCUGGUGUAUGGGGUGCUUUGCUGAACUCAUGCAAAAUCCACGGGAAUGUGGAGUUGGCUGAAUUAGCUUUAGAGAAACUAAUUGAGCUUGAGCCAGAUGAUUCUGGCAAUUAUGUGAUUUUGGCUAAUAUGUAUGCUCAAUCAGGCAAGUGGGAAGGAGUGGAAAAAUUGAGACAGAUAAUGAUUGACAAAGGAAUAAAGAAAAACAUUGCUUGUAGUUGGAUUGAAGUAAAGAACAAAGUGUACGCAUUUCUUGCAGGAGAUGUUUCACACUCAGAUUCUGAUGCAAUAUAUGCAGAGUUGAAGAGGUUAGAAGGACUAAUGCAUGAAGCUGGAUAUGCCCCGGAUACAGGAUCUGUUUUCCAUGAUGUGGAGGAAGAUGAGAAGACGAGUAUGGUAUGCAGUCACAGUGAAAGACUAGCUAUUGCAUUUGGACUCAUAAGUACAUCACCAGGAACCCGGCUUUUGAUAACAAAGAAUCUCCGAAUUUGUGAGGACUGUCAUGUCGCAAUUAAGUUCAUCUCAAAGAUUACAGAGAGGGAAAUUACUGUAAGAGAUGUUAAUCGCUAUCAUCAUUUUAAGCAUGGCAUGUGUUCAUGUGGUGAUCAUUGGUGA